GCCUGCGGUAGGUGGGCGGGGCUUGCGGGGCUGAGUGGCACGUGGGAAUCAGAGGCAAGAUGGGCGGCCUAGAGAAGAAGAAGUAUGAGCGGGGCUCGGCCACCAACUAUAUCACGCGGAACAAGGCCCGGAAGAAACUCCAACUCAGCCUUCCGGACUUCAGGCGCCUCUGCAUCCUGAAGGGCAUCUACCCACACGAGCCCAAGCACAAGAAGAAAGUCAACAAAGGCUCCACGGCACCCCGGACCUUCUACCUCAUCAAGGACAUCAAGUUCCUUCUCCACGAGCCCAUCGUCCACAAGUUCCGGGAGUAUAAGGUGUUUGUUCGGAAGCUGCGCAAAGCCUAUGGGAAGAGCGAGUGGAAUGCCGUUCAGCGGCUGAGAGACAACAAGCCUGGCUAUAAGUUGGACCACAUUGUCAAGGAGAGGUACCCGACCUUCAUUGACGCCCUGCGCGACCUGGAUGAUGCCCUUUCCAUGUGCUUCCUCUUUGCCACCUUUCCCCGCACCGGCAAGUGUCAUGUCCAGACCAUCCAGCUCUGCCGCCGGUUGACCGUGGAAUUCCUCAACUACGUGGUCGCUUCCCGCGCCCUGCGCAAAGUCUUCCUGUCCAUUAAGGGCAUCUACUACCAGGCAGAGGUAAUGGGGCAGCUGGUCACCUGGAUCACUCCGUAUGCCUUUUCCCACAACCAUCCAACCGACGUGGAUUACCGAGUGAUGGCCACCUUCACAGAGUUCUACACCACCCUCCUGGGCUUUGUCAACUUCCGCCUCUACCAGUCCCUCAACCUGCAUUACCCCCCAAAAAUUGAAGGCUCACCUUUAGUUGAACAGAAGCCGGAGCAAGAGGAGUUGUAUGCUUUGGACUCAGAGAGCUAUUUGGAGAAACUGUCUGCCUUGAGUGCUAGCUUGGCUCGAACGGUCGCCCCUAGCCCAGAGGAGGAGGAGGCCGAAGUGGACGAAUUCCCCGUGGAAGGAGAAAGCGCAGAAGAAGAAGAUGCCCGGAAGAAGGAGCAGGAGGCCCUGGAGAAGCAGAGAAAACUCUUUGAGGGGCUUCGCUUCUUCCUCAAUCGGGAGGUGCCCCGGGAGCCACUGGCGUUCGUCAUCCGGUGCUUUGGGGGAGAAGUGUCCUGGGAUCGAUCCGUCUGCAUUGGAGCCACCUAUGAUGUGACUGAUCCCAAGAUCACCCACCAAAUUGUUGACCGGCCUGGUUUGGAGCAGCAAGUGAUUGGCAGGUGCUACCUCCAGCCCCAAUGGGUCUUCGACUCGGUCAACGCCAAACUGUGUCUUCCAGUGGGCAACUACUUCCCCGGCGUGGCCCUGCCGCCUCACCUCUCCCCGUUCGUCUCCGAGAAAGAGGGUGACUACAUCCCACCUGAGAAGCUGAAGCUCUUGGCCUUGCAGCAGGGCAAUGGUCCAGGAGAAGAGAGCGAGUCAGGAGAGGAAGAGGAGGAAGGGGAAGGUGCCACCGAGAGCGAGGAGGAGGAGGAUGAUUCUGAGAAAGAAGAUGAAGGCCGGCUGAAAAAGAUGGAAGCACAGAGGUCCCAGAGCAAGAGCCUCCCAGUGAAGGUGACGGCCGGGAAGGUGUUGAAGGAGGACAAGGAGCGCCUGGCCCAGGAGGAGCAGAGCGAAGAGAAGCGCUUGGCCAUCAUGAUGAUGAAGAAGCGGGAAAAGUACCUCUACCAGAAGAUCAUGUUUGGAAAGAAGCGCAAGAUCCGAGAGGUCAAAAAACUGGCUGAGAAGCGGAAAGCGCACGACGCGGCCAUUAAAUCGGAGAAGAAGAAGGGCAAGAAGGCGCGGCGGGAGUAACACAGGCCUCCCCUAGGAGUCCAUCCCUGAUUGUCCCUGCCAGAUGGACCUUUGCGACUUAGAGCAGGGCCCAUUGGCACCUGUGGGUCUCUCCUCAUCUCCCACCCCUUCCGCGGCCUCCAAACGGGAGCCCUGCUUUGGAAAUACUUCUAGUUCAAAGGCCUCUGCUUGGACAAGCCGAUCCACAGAA